AUGAUAUCAAUCGAUAUACAACCUUAGACUGAAUUCUUAGGAAACAACUAUUGGAGAAAAUUAAGAUAAGUUGAAUAUAGCAAGGAAUUUGAAGAGCAGAUUACUAAAACAGUGAUUGAAAGAGAAAAUAAUGAUUCUGAUUAACAAUUUAAACAUAAGAAAAGUAUCAUAUAAGCUAAAUUUUGUAAAUCAAAGGAAUUUCUGGCAACAACUUCUCUCGAUAAAAUAGUAAGGAUUUUUUCGAUGGAUGGAUAACUCAAACACUAAUUCGAAAAUUUUUUAGACUCUGAUAAAACAAUCUCUUUUAGCUAUAAUGGAAAGUUUUUAGCUGGAGCAGGUUCGUAUGAUAAAAUAAUAAGAAUUUGGAAUAUUGAUAGUUAAAUACUAUAAUUCGAACUCAAAGGCCUCAAAAGCAAAAUUUCUAAAAUUAUCUAUUUUAAUAAUAGAGACGAUAGAAUUAUAUCAGUUACGUAGGAUAAUCAAAUUUAAAUAUGGGACAUUGAAUCAGGGAUCAUCUUACAAACUUUAAUUAGUCAACAAAAUUAAAUCACAGCAAUUCAAAUAUCUAAUGACGAUCUUCGUUGCGUAACAGGAUCUUUGGAUGGGAUGAUAAUAGAAUGGGAUUUAAAGAAUUAUCAAUUAAAAAAAUAAUGGAAAGGACAUUAAAAGGGAUGUUUUGCCUUGAAAUAUGCUAAUGAAGGACACACAUUAGUUAGUGGAGGAGCAGAUAAGAAAAUAAAAUUUUGGAAUAUGGAUAAAUAUAAAUUAUUCAAAUAAUUUAAUGGGCAUACCAAUUCGAUAUAUGCCAUUGAAGUUGAAAAAGAUAUAGUAAUCAGUUGUUAAUUUAAUUAAACUUUAUUAUGGAAUAUGAAAACUUUAAAAACUAUUUAGCAAAUAUCAAGCACUUAAUUGGAUUAUUGCUUUGUUGAAAUGAUGAAGGAUUCCUUCGUAAUAGGAAAUAAUGGUAAUGGAAUCAAGGUGUGUAAUUUUGAUUGAAUUUAUUUUACUAUUCUAAAA